AUGAAGAACAGCUCGUCCUGGAUCAUCGGAGCGCUGCUGCUGGUAUCGCUUGCCAAUGCUACUUCAGUGGAGCCUGGGUUUACUGUCAAGACCUUGUUUGAUCUCGGCAAGCACUCGGCAAAUGCCUUUGCCUUGUAUCCAGACCCGCGGAAAAAGUUUGUGUUGGCGCUUGAUUCCAGUGGCAAUCGCAUAUGGAAGCUGAGACUGCCACUCUCGCAGAACAGCAGCUUGGAAGCUUUUGCCGGUUCAUUCGUGGGGGAGUCCGGCUAUGUCGACGGCCCCGCGGCAAAGUCACUUUUUAAUCGCCCACAAAGCCUUUCUAUUUGCGACAAUGGCGCGGUCUUUGUGGCGGAUACGAGGAACUUGGCUAUACGCAAAAUCAGCAAGGAUGGCGAAGUGACCACCAUUGCCGGAGGUAGCUCUCGAAAGCCAGGCUUUGCCGGAGACACAGCUCGUUUCUCAAGCGAGUUUAGCUUGGCGUGUUCUUGUGGCUCCUUACUCAUAGCCGAUUGCGGGAACCGGCUGAUUCGCGAGAUACAAAUCGAUGAUCCAAAGUCGUGUGAUUCAAGCGAUUCAGCCGUUUCAGGAUCACAAAAAUGGGCUUUAAUUCCCGUAGUGCUGCUUGGCGUCUGUCUGGGGAUGCCUCUGGGAGCUUUUAUAAUUUGGAAGAUACUUGAUCAGCGACUCCGGCAAGCGAUCAGCUGGGAAACACCGAAAGAUUGCUGGCGGACGUUCCGGAGGACGAUGAUCUCCAAGUUUGGCAGCGGAAGCGAACUUGCUAGCGCCGUCUUUAGUCUUUUCCUGCUUGUAUGUCAUCAGGCACAGCUCCUCGCAUCUGUCUUCUUUGGUGUUGCACACGAAGCCAACUGCGCCUGUCAAACAAGAUCAAGACCUCCACUCUCUCCUUGGAAACACGAAAGAUGAGCUUCCAGACCUCAUUGAUUUCAUGGAAGACUCUCCCAACUUGGAUGCUUCUGUUGCUCCUUCUCGCCUUCUUCCUUUUCGGGAUUCGAGGAAUUCGACUAUAGCGCUGGAGUGUUUGGAGAAGUUCCAGCAGGAAUUCAAGGACAAGCUCAAGCACAGCUAAGAAUGUGCUCACACAAACUUUGUUUUUCCACUCUUCUUGAAUAGUCGAUUGUUUCACAAA